AUGAUACCGGUUACAGGAGGAGCUGCGUGGCUUCCGCGCCGCCAUCAAGGUGACGCUUGGGAUCUCUUUUGUUUCGGCCAAGCUGAGUUUGAGCAUCUCAAGAGCAUCCGUGCCUCCAUCGAAGGUCCAGGAUUCAGGGUGACCAAUCCUGGAAUGAUUGAUCCCUUGCUACAACGCUGCCAUGUGCAACGUUCCAGCAAAGCCGUUCCCUCCACAGCGCAGCCGAUGAGUGUCAUGGCGCUGAAGGCCUCAGGUGGAAAGAGUUCCGAGAAUGGCGUUGCUGAAGAGGGAAGGAUUGAGCUGCAAUCCAUCCAGCUGGAGCUGAAUCGGCCAGUGCCGCGGGCCACAGCAAGGUCACAAGAAGUCGCUGCUCUGGCGCAGAUGGUUCCAAAGCCAGGUGAUGGAUAG